CCUUUCUGCCUAUAAAUAGUGACCCUCCAAAUUCUCGCAAAGAACCACAUAGUCCCAAUUGAGAGCAAGACUCGGGGACAAGCCAGGACAAGUCAAAGCUUUGGCAAAUUGGCAUAAUGGAUACCUUCCUAUUCACGUCUGAGUCUGUGAAUGAGGGCCAUCCCGAUAAGCUCUGUGAUCAGAUAUCUGAUGCAGUGCUUGAUGCCUGCCUUGAACAUGACCCUGAGAGCAAGGUUGCCUGUGAGACUUGCACCAAGACCAACAUGGUUAUGGUCUUUGGAGAGAUCACAACUAAAUCCAAUGUAGACUAUGAGAAGAUUGUACGAGACACAUGCCGUACAAUUGGAUUUGUUUCUGAUGAUGUGGGACUUGAUGCUGACAACUGCAAGGUUUUGGUUAAUAUUGAGCAGCAGAGCCCUGAUAUUGCUCAGGGUGUCCACGGUCAUCUCACUAAGCGGCCUGAGGAUAUUGGUGCAGGUGACCAGGGUCACAUGUUUGGAUAUGCUACGGAUGAGACACCCGAGCUUAUGCCUCUCAGCCACGUUCUGGCUACCAAGCUUGGUGCACGCCUCACUGAAGUUCGCAAGAAUGGGACUUGCCCCUGGUUGAGACCUGAUGGGAAAACGCAAGUCACUGUUGAAUACUACAACGACCAUGGUGCUAUGGUCCCAGUACGUGUCCACACUGUUCUUAUUUCCACACAGCAUGAUGAAACUGUUACCAAUGACGAGAUUGCUGCUGAUCUCAAAGAGCAUGUUAUCAAGCCUGUCGUCCCGGAGAAGUACCUUGAUGAGAAGACCAUCUUCCAUCUCAAUCCAUCCGGGCGUUUUGUCAUUGGGGGGCCUCAUGGGGAUGCCGGUCUCACAGGCCGGAAAAUCAUCAUUGAUACUUAUGGUGGAUGGGGAGCCCACGGUGGUGGUGCCUUCUCUGGAAAGGACCCUACCAAGGUAGAUAGGAGUGGAGCCUACAUUGUUAGGCAGGCUGCAAAGAGCAUUGUUGCUAAUGGGCUUGCUCGGAGGUGCAUUGUCCAGGUGUCAUAUGCUAUUGGUGUUCCUGAGCCAUUAUCAGUAUUUGUUGAUACUUACGGCACUGGGAAGAUUCCCGAUAAGGAGAUUCUGAAGAUUGUGAAGGAAAGCUUUGAUUUCAGGCCUGGGAUGAUUGCAAUUAAUUUGGAUCUUAAGAGAGGUGGAAAUGGGAGGUUCUUGAAGACAGCCGCUUAUGGACACUUUGGAAGAGAUGACCCUGACUUCACAUGGGAGGUGGUGAAGCCUCUCAAGUGGGAGAAGCCCCUGGAGUAAAGCUAUGCAGGUGAUCAAGAAUGUGCUUGGUCUUUGCAGCUUCUCUUGGAUCGGGGAGUGCCUAUUGUUUGAUGGCCAUGUUUUUUUUUUUCUUUAUUAAUUUUUUUUUGCUUUCUGUAAUGUUCUUCUGCUGUCUUUGGCCAUAUAUGGAGUUGAAUCAUAGUUGAUGAAAACAUGUGGAAGAAAGCUGCAUCAAUAUCAUUACUGGAUUGCCAAAUGAAAGAAGAGAUCAGCUGCAGAGCAGCAUCAAUGUAUUAAUGUAUUUGUUUGUGAACAACGAGAUUCGGGUGAUUGAUCCAUUUUCAUUUUGUAAUUCCUUAUUUGUUCA